CGGGAAAACACGUUUGAAACGCAAGAGACAAGACAAGAAGAGAAGACGCGAAGCAAAAGAUGACGGCCGGCAGGAUGCAGACGUCCUACCAGAGCGUUGAGCGCGACGACGGCACGACGGCGGUGAAGAUUUCCGAGAGCCGCAAGCAACGCUUCGUGCGCAGAGAGGGCACCUGCAAUGUGGUUUUCCGCCAUCUUCCCCAGGAGUGGCUGCUGUUUGUCACCGACAUCUUCACCACCUUGGUGGAGAUCCGCUGGAGGGCGAUGCUGCUCAUCUUCGCGCUGUCCUACAUCCUGUCCUGGCUCUUUUUCGGGAUCCUCUUCUGGGUCAUCGCGUUGGCUCACGGCGACGUUCACGAUCACAGGACGGCGCCCUGCGUCUACGAGGUGCGCAGCUUUACCGCCGCCUUCCUCUUCUCCUUGGAGACCCAGACCACCAUCGGCUACGGCUCCAGGGGGAUGUCGGAAAACUGCGGCGUGGCCAUCGCCGUGGUGACCGUCCAGGACGUCGUCAGCUGCUUCAUCGACACGUUCGUCAUCGGCAUCGCCGUGGCCAAGAUGGCGUCCGCCAGGAAGCGUGCGCAGACGGUGGGCUUCAGCAACCGCGCCGUGGUCAACCUCCGCGACGGCCACCUGUGCCUCUCCUGGCGCGUCGGCGACUUCCGGCGCCAUCACCUGGUGGAGGGCACGGCGCGCGCUCAGAUCGUGUGCGCCGACGUUCACGCCACCGGCAGGGCGGACGUGACCUAUCGGGACCUGGUCAUCCAGCAGCCCGACAUUGUUCUGGUGACCCCCACCACCAUCUGCCACCGCAUCCAGGAGGGCAGCCCGCUCUACGGGAUGAGCCUGGCGGAUCUGCAGCGUUCCGACCUGGAGGUGGUGGUGUCCUUCACGUACACGGACGACACCACCGGCACUCUGCACCAAACGCGGACCUCCUACACGCAGGACGACAUCCUGUGGGGUCACGUCUUCCAGGAGAUGAUCCGGGCCGGCAGAAGGCGCUACACCGUCGACUACGUGCUCUUCAACCAUACCGCCAAGGUCCUGGCGCCCGAAAUCAGCGCCGAGGCGUACCAGCUCAAGAGGCGGCUGCGGCCCUCGCCGAGACACUCGCCGAGACCAUCGCCGAGACCCUCGCCGAGACUAUCGCCGAGACCCUCGCCGAGACUAUCGCCGAGACCCUCGCCGCGCCCCGACAAGUCCCCGAGCCCCGCAAAAGUGAUGCUGCCGCUGCCGGACGCCCACCUCCGACACGACACGCUAGCUGAUGAAAAACGUGCGGAAACGUAGCGGAGUGACAAGAUGCAAACUUGCCAACAAAGAAGAAAACAAGUUAGCGACCGGCACGUCGAUGACUUUCAAGGAUAUUUUUCGAUCCCUCAACGAGAAGAUUUUUCCUAGAAACCUUCCGACAAAACCUUGUACAGUAUUCUAACCUUCCACUAGAAAACUAUGACUAGCUCUUUCAACAACCACCUUCUCCGUUUGAACACUGUCUCAUCAUGAGUACGUCUGGAUUUUUUUUUUUCAAUGAUCAAAAUGAGAGUUUUGAGAUUUUUGCCAACACUGAAUAAAAUGCCACCUAUUUGUG